UUUCAAUCAACAACCUUAAAAUGAACAACUUGCGUCAACUUUAUAGAAGCAAUGUUUUAUUGUCCAAUUAUUUAUGCGUGCGACAAUAUGGGGUGUUUGGAAAUAUUUUGAAAAGGUUUAGAGGUAAAAAAGAAUCUGACGAACAAUUCUUUGUUGGCGAAGAUCAGCAUGGAAAUAGAUAUUACGAAAAACAACCCUCUCCUGAUGCGAGUGUACGUAUUACAAGACGAUGGAUUAAAUAUUAUGGUGUAACAGAUGAGGACAUUCAAAAAGAGGAAAUUCCUUUCGUUCCUGCUGACGCAGAAAUUCCAGUGGAAUGGAAAUCGUGGCUUCAGAAAAAAAGGAAAUCGCCUCCAUUGAUAGAGGAGAUACUAAAAAAUGAAGCAAUCAAGUUAAGAACUAUACAACGAGCAAAGGAAUUAGAGGAAAAGGAGAGGGCACUGUCUGGUUCAGGAUCGGUGCCUAGUUCACCAAAUCCAUUUAAAGAUGAGGAGUUCCCUGUGUAUCCAGAAUAUGAAACAAAGAUAGGGGAAUAUAGAAGUGAUUACCUGACACCUGACAAAGAACAUAAAAAAUCAAAGAAUAGAUAAUGGAACAUAAAAUCUGAAUGUUGAUGUAAAUUUCCAUUUUUUCUUUAUAGAUUUGUAAACUAAAUAAAUAUACAAGUCAAUUUUUCCACAUGCAGUUACAUGUACAUAAAAGAAAAUGAACCUUCUGUUGAAUAUAAUAUUUUCCUUCG